CGUCAGUAGGCAUCUGUACUCACAGCAGUUCACACAGAGCGUGCUGGUGUGUCAUAGUGGUGCAGAGAGGCAGCGAUACGCGGUGAGUAAUGUCUGCCUUGUUGCUUGAUGUCAGGACUGCUAUAGAGAGGAUGAAGGCGGACGAGGGUUCCCUCUGACUGUCGCAUCCUACAUUCAUUGACUAAAGUCUGCCCUUUGUCAACAUGGCAGAGCAAUGGACCGCAGUGCCCACUUCUAAUAUGGCGGCGCUGAACCGGGCUAGAUCAUUGACUGUUAUAUUCUUAAUUGUCAGCAGUUGUCUGAUCAGUAGCACUGAUGGCAAAGAUGCGCCAGAAGAGACUGUCAUCAUUGGCCUCCGGCUCGAGGACACCGACGAGGUGUCGUUCAUGGACAGAGGCAUUUUGCGCGUCAGCGAGCGCUCUCGUGUCAGGUUAAGGGUCUAUGGGCAAAACAUCAACAACGAGACGUGGUCCAAACUCUCCUUUACGGAGCACAGCAUCAGCAGCGCACCUGCGGAGAGCCAGAGCUCCGGAGACGCACCUGCCUCGCAUCCCUGCGGCAUCCGAUCCUCCGAUAUCAUCAUCCUUCCUAACGUAGAGGUAAACAGAAAGACAUCUGGGAUUAUUGAAAUAGAGGUGAAACCUCUGCGAAAAACAGAGAAGAGUAAAGUGUAUUACCUGUGCAUCGCCACCGUCACACCUGGCGCGCAGGACUCGUGGUCCGAGAACACCUGGAUUUAUCACGAGGGGCAUGACACUAAAGUGAUCGUGGUGGAGGAGAAGAAGUUCCUGCUGCCUUUCUGGCUGCAGGUGAUUUUUAUUGCCAUGUUGUUGUGUUUGUCCGGCAUGUUCAGCGGGCUGAAUCUGGGACUGAUGGCGCUGGAUCCCAUGGAGCUCCGGAUUGUCCAAAACUGCGGGACUGAGAAGGAGAAGAAUUACGCGAAGAGGAUUGAGCCAGUCCGAAGCCAAGGAAACUACCUUCUGUGCUCUUUGCUCCUGGGAAAUGUUUUGGUCAAUACCACUUUGACCAUCCUGCUCGAUGACAUCGCAGGAUCAGGGCUGAUCGCUGUAGUGGUGUCCACUAUAGGAAUUGUGAUUUUUGGAGAAAUCGUGCCACAGGCCAUCUGCUCCAGGCAUGGGCUCGCCGUGGGCGCAAACACCAUACUCCUGACUAAAUUUUUCAUGAUCCUCACUUUCCCUGCAUCAUAUCCCGUCAGUAAACUCCUGGACCACGUGCUGGGGCAGGAGAUCGGCACUGUGUACAACAGAGAGAAGCUUCUGGAGAUGCUCAGGGUGACAGAUCCGUAUAAUGACCUGGUCAAAGAGGAGCUCAACAUCAUCCAGGGUGCUCUGGAGCUCAGGACUAAAACUGUGGAGGAUGUCAUGACGCCUUUGCGAGACUGCUUCAUGAUUGCUGCUGAUACCAUCCUUGACUUCAACACCAUGUCUGAGAUCAUGGAGAGCGGCUACACGAGAAUACCUGUGUAUGCAGGUGAAAAAUGUCAUAUUGUGGACUUGCUGUUUGUCAAGGACUUGGCCUUUGUGGAUCCAGAUGACUGCACGCCGUUGAAAACCAUCACCAAGUUCUACAGCCACCCUCUGCAUUUUGUCUUCAAUGAUACAAAGCUGGAUGCCAUGCUUGAGGAGUUUAAAAAAGGUAAAUCCCAUCUGGCCAUUGUCCAAAGAGUGAAUAACGAAGGAGAGGGAGACCCGUUCUAUGAGGUUCUGGGCAUCGUCACGCUAGAGGACGUCAUUGAGGAAAUUAUCAAAUCUGAGAUUCUAGAUGAGACAGACUUGUACACUGACAACAAGACAAAAAAGAAGAUAGCUCACAGAGAGAGGAAACAGGACUUCUCCGCUUUCAAACCCACAGAUAAUGAGUUGAGGGUGAAAAUAUCACCGCAGCUUCUUCUGGCCGCACUGCGUUUCCUGGCAACUGAGGUGGAGUCCUUUAGUACAGCUCAGAUGUCAGAGAAAAUCCUCCUGCGCUUGCUGAAACAUCCUAACGUCAUCCAGGAGCUCAAAUAUGAUGACAAGAACAAGAAAAUGUCAGAGCACUACCUCUUUCACCGCAACAAGCCUGUGGACUACUUCAUCCUCAUCCUGCAGGGUAAGGUGGAGGUUGAGGCUGGAAAGGAGGGGAUGAAGUUUGAAGCUGGUGCCUUCUCUUAUUACGGAGUGCUGGCUUUAACCUCCUCACCAGUUCCUCUCUCCUUGUCUCGAACGUUUGUGGUGAGCAGGGCAGAAUCACUGGCAGGAUCUCCAGAAAAUAAGUCACCUCCACGACCAUUCGGACUCAACCACUCGGACUCCCUGAACAGGAGUGACCGGAUAGAGGUGGUCACUCCCACACUGGGCAGCAGCAACAACCAGCUCAACUCCUUCCUGCAGGUCUACGUGCCAGACUACUCCGUGAGAGCUGCAUCUGACCUGCUCUACAUCAAGGUGACCCGCCAGCAAUAUCAGAACGCCCUGAUGGCGUCUCGCAUGGACAAGACGCCCCAGUCCACAGACAGUGAGUUCACCAAGAUCGAGUUGACCUUCACAGAGCAUCAGGAUGGACCACUGGAUGAGUCGGCCACUCUUUUGACCACCAUCACACACAAACCCAACCACACCGGCCACAACGACGGGGCUAUUUAACCAUCCUCAGCGUAGAGAGAUAUGGCAAAAGAGAGCAAACAGCUCCGUUAGCCUCUCAAGUAAUGAGCGAGAGGCCUUCUCGUACUCUGGGCAGCUUCACCUCUCAUCAUGGUCAAUUUCAAAGGGGAACAUACGCAAAGACUUCAAUGUGAAGGGCCGCCUAUCCCACAAUGCAUGCACUAAUGACCUUAACACCUUUUGUAGGCAGCGGAUCAGUCAGGGACCACGACAUAAUUCUCGCUCGCUCAUUCGAUCGAGGACGGACACACUUGAAAUGCACAUUUUCACUUCGAAGGAGCAAGGUGACGACCCACACCACACCUCGACCAGACACAAUACCAGAAGGACAAAGAAAUAACGGUGCCUUUAGACAGCUCUCGGUUACUGUCAACAAAGGAGGUCCCCGAGGGCCCGGGUGACACGGAGCUCUCCAAAAUCUUCCAUUCGACCCAGGAAGCCCGAGCAGAUGCAGCCACAGGUGACAUAUCAGCAACUGGGAGGCUUGUAAACACUCGACAGAGAUCAAUAACACCCAAGCCCUUCGAGAAAAGCCAGGAUACAUCUCUGCCUAUCAGAAGAGGCCUCACGACCAAAGACAGUUGGCAUAGACAGGAUAAAACAGGCCGCAUAACUGGGUGUCCUUCAAGAGAAUUUGUUACGCAUAAGCAGACAAAACGGAAUUUGUCUGGACUGUGCCAAAUAUCACUGACAACGAUUUUAGCGAUUUCUUCUGCCCAGGUUAUCCACGUCACUCACAGAUGGGCUUAUGUACAGUGUUUGCAGUACAAAAAAAUCAAAUGUGUUUACAUAUGAAGGCCUUUUUCAUCUGUAUAUAUAGAGAGAGUAAGAGAUUUUUUUUAAUGUCAAUCCUGAUUGUGCUGAGGUACAGCGUCACCUAUUUUAAGGUGAAUAGAGUAUACGUCUCAUGGCUGGUUGCAUUUUUAUGUACGUCGGACCACUCUUUAUUAACAAUAUGUUUUUGAUUUUCAGCUUUUGUUGUUAUCACGUAACUCUUAAUUUUUAAAGAAACAUUUUGUAUGUCACAACUACUUUUCUUCGGAUAGUUGCUAGCUGGAUUUAGGACCUCAAAGACACUAGACGUGUUCUGGUUG